CGUGACACCGCGCGAGAGUCAGGUUGCUAGACAUAGUGCAAAUAUGUGGUUGUAAUUAAUGUGCAUUUAGUGUUGUGAUUUUAGGUUGUGAAGAUUUUUUAUACACCUCAGCAACGAUGUUCGGCACAAAUUUCGAUGAAUUCUGUGACUUCAACGACAGCAUCUGCAGCAACGACUCCGGCUUCGAUAGGUCCUACGCUGACUCCUUUGCUUCUUCAAAUAACACACCAAAGAAAAAUGAUUCGAUGGACCUUGGAAUAUCACUCACACCAACAAAAGACAACAGUGUACGACGAAGGCUAUUUCCAGAAGAAUUUGAAUACCCAUUUCAUCAACCUGCUGAAGUAGAAGAUAUAAAAGCAUUUGAAAAUUUCCAACCAAUCAAUAACACAUCAACUCCUAUAAAGGUUAAAGACAAAAAGCCCAAAGAUCCUAACAAACCAAAAAGGAAAUACGCAAAUGGAAAGAACAGAGUAUCCAGAUCCAAAAGUCCUACACAAAUUAUGCGGAUAAAAAGGAAUAGAAGAAUCAAAGCGAACGACAGAGAGAGAAAUAGGAUGCACAUGUUAAACGAAGCAUUAGAUAGACUACGUUGUGUCUUACCAACCUUCCCAGAAGAUACAAAAUUAACGAAGAUAGAGACAUUACGUUUUGCUCACAACUAUAUUUUCGCAUUGAGUCAAACGCUAGACGCUUUAGAUAAUAUAAACUCUGGGCAAGCACCUGAAGGAUACAAUUCAAGCUGUGACAUGCUACAAACCUACUCUUCACCUGGAGAUAAAAUCAACAAAGACGCUUUUCGAGAAAUAUUCAUGUUACCUAAUAAGACUGAAGACAAAGGAGAUGGAAGCUACAGAGAAUUUCAAGGUUUCAGUAAACCUUUUCCAAAUGGAUCAAAUUUUCUACAAACCUCUGAAGGGGUUUUGAUAAACGUUGGAAAUGUAACCGUGUCAGUUAACAAUAAAGGUGGUAAUUGUAUAACAUCCACUACAGGAAGUGGCUUCUUCACAAAUCCAUCGAGCUAUGGAGAUGACCUUACACAACAGAACUAUUUUAAUCAGCGACCACAAACAUUUUAUAAUUGUUAUAAUAACAACUAUGACGGUGCUCAAACAGAUUCCAAGGAAUACUUUAACGAAAAAAAUUAUGAGCUCUUCAAAAAUGCAUUUGAAAGCGCUGCUAAAAAUGGGAAGUACGUAAACAACGAAGCCUUUACAAAUAAUUAUAGUAAUUACAAUCAAACUUACGGCUACAAUCAAAGAUACAACUAUUGUAACGAAACGAAUUUUCCUCAAACGAAUUUGUACGACGACCAAAGAUAUUAUAGGGAUUUUUAUAAAAAUCAAAGAGUUGUGAACGCUAAAAUUUAAGAAUUAUUUUGAUAUGUAUGAUAUAUUGUUUAAUUUGCCUAGUCAUAGAGUAGAAACGUAUAUUUUGUAAAUUAAUUUUAUCCAAAGAUUGUACAGUUUAUUCUUAUGAACGACAAUAAAGACUGUAAUUAGAUUUAAAGAGAUCAAAGUAUCUAGUCAUUUUAAAGGGAAAUAUACAUUCUAUUUUUAUAAAUA